AUGGACGCCAUCAAGCAGACCUUUGCCAAGUGCAAGGAGCAGAAGCGCGCAGCUCUUGUGGCAUAUGUCACUGCUGGUUACCCCAGUGCUGAGGAGGCCGUUGAUAUCAUUCUCGGUCUCGAGAACGGCGGAGCCGAUAUUAUCGAGCUCGGAAUUCCCUUCACAGAUCCCAUCGCCGAUGGCCCUACUAUUCAGACUGCCAACACCAAGGCUCUUGAGAAUGGUGUUACUCUCACUACCGUCUUGGAGAUGGUCCGCACCGCCCGGAGCCGCGGCCUGAAGGCUCCCGUUAUGCUCAUGGGCUAUUACAACCCUGUCCUUAAGUAUGGUGAGGAGCGCAUGCUGCGUGACUGCAGAGAGGUCGGUGUCAACGGUUUCAUCAUGGUUGACUUGCCUCCCGAGGAGGCCGUUCGUUUCCGCGAUCUCUGCGCCAGCGCUGGUCUCUCAUACGUCCCUCUUAUCGCUCCUGCCACCUCUGACUCUCGCAUGCGCCUCCUCUGCAAGAUCGCCGACAGCUUCAUCUACGUCGUUUCCCGCAUGGGUGUGACCGGUGCUACCGGCUCACUCAGCUCCAACAUCCCCGAGCUUUUGAGCCGGGUUCACGAAUACUCUGGAAAUGUUCCUGCCGCUUUGGGAUUCGGUAUUAGCACCCGUGAGCACUUCCUGUCUGUUCAGCAGCAGGCUGAGGGUGUGGUCAUUGGCAGCCAGAUCAUCACUGUUGUUGGUAAGGCCCCUGCUGGCCAGGCUGCUAAGGCCGCUGAGGAGUACAUCUCCAGCAUCACUGGACGCAAGCUCGAGCGUGAUGCUUCAGGUGCAUUCACUCGCGAGAUCAAUGUUCUCGAGGCUAUUGAGAAGGCCCUGCCCCCCACCGAUCCCAAGCCCACCAAGGUCAUCACUGAUGCCGAUACUCCUGCCGGACCUGGCCUUGCUGACCAGCUUGAGGCUCUUAACGUGACAAAUGAUGUCUCUGCUCAACCUUCCCGCUUCGGCGAGUUCGGUGGACAGUAUGUUCCCGAAUCCCUCAUGGACUGCUUGGCUGAGCUUGAGAAGGGAUUCGAGGAGGCCAACAAUGACCCUAAGUUCUGGGAAGAAUUCCGAUCAUUCUAUCCCUACAUGGGUCGCCCCAGCAGCCUUCACAAGGCCCAGCGUUUGACCGACCACGUUGGUGGUGCCAACAUCUGGUUGAAGCGUGAGGAUCUGAACCACACUGGUAGUCACAAGAUCAACAACGCUCUCGGUCAGAUUCUUGUUGCCCGCCGCCUGGGCAAGACCCGCAUUAUUGCUGAGACUGGUGCCGGCCAGCACGGUGUUGCCACGGCCACAGUUUGUGCCAAGUUCGGCAUGAAGUGCACUGUCUUCAUGGGUGCUGAAGAUGUUCGCCGCCAGGGUCUCAAUGUGUUCCGCAUGAAGCUCCUCGGUGCCUCCGUCGUCGCUGUUGAGGCUGGUACCCGUACUCUGCGUGAUGCUGUCAACGAGGCCCUCCGCGCCUGGAUUGUCGAGCUCGAUACCACCCACUACAUCAUCGGUUCCGCCAUCGGUCCCCACCCCUUCCCCACUAUCGUCCGUACCUUCCAAUCUGUGAUCGGAAACGAGACCAAGCAGCAGAUGCAGGCCCAGAUCGGCAAGCUUCCCGAUGCCGUCGUUGCCUGUGUCGGCGGUGGUAGCAACGCCGUUGGCAUGUUCUACCCAUUCUCCAAUGAUCCUAGUGUCAAGCUCAUUGGUGUUGAGGCUGCCGGUGAUGGUAUCGAUACCAACCGCCACUCCGCCACCCUCUCCGGCGGCUCGCACGGUGUCCUGCACGGUGUCCGCACCUACGUCCUGCAGAACGAGCACGGUCAGAUCGCAGAGACUCACUCCAUCUCCGCUGGUCUCGACUACCCCGGUGUCGGCCCCGAGCUGAGCAACUGGAAGGACACCAACCGCGCCACCUACAUCUCCGCCGACGACAGCCAAGCUCUCGCCGGCUUCCGCGCUCUUGCCCAGCACGAGGGUAUCAUCCCCGCCCUGGAGUCCUCACACGCCGUCUGGGGAAUUAUGCAGAUCGCCAAGACCAUGGAUAAGGACCAGAACAUCGUUCUUUGCCUGAGCGGUCGUGGUGACAAGGAUGUGCAACAAGUCGCCGACGAGCUGCCUCGUCUGGGUCCCAAGAUCGACUGGGAUCUGCGUUUCUAG